CGGUGGAUGCAAAAUAAGUAUGCUCUGGAACUGGAACACCAUCGACGCCUGUUUUCUCUCUCAGUCCUGGAAAAUCAACUCUCAUGGAGCCUUCGCGGCGCUGUGUCUUGGCGUGAUCACACUUGUCAUUCUACUCGAGUUCCUCCGGCGCAUCGCCAAGUUCUACGACAAGCAUCUGGUUCGGAAGCACCGACUGCAAGCCGGAGCUUUGGCCAUCGCCGGCGGUCCACCCAACAACCCCAAUGCGGCCGAGUCCGGUGGAGGAUCUCAGGACAGAGGCUCCCUCAUCGCUAAGAACGGCGACGGCCACUUCGUCUCACCUCAUGCAUCGUUCCAGCCUAAUGCCUAUCAGCAGAUGAUUCGAGCCUUGCUCCAUACGCUGCAGUUCGCGGUCGCUUACUGGAUCAUGCUUCUGGCCAUGUACUACAAUGGGUACAUCAUCAUAUGUAUCUUCAUUGGUGCGUUUCUGGGCGCCUUCAUAUUUGGUUGGGAACGUCUUGGUGUCCACAGUGACGAGACUGCCGGAUAUGGGACCUUGGACCCAACGGCGUGUUGCGGCUGAGGAAGAUGAAAGGACAGGGAGUGACAUUCAGGGGGCAUAUGGUCGUCGGACUGGAUUGGUUGGCUGGACUGUAUUAUACAACAGCUUAAGAUGCAUGUUUAGUCUUCAAAUUCACAAGGUUUAGAGGUAGGCAACGUCGCAUGGCAUUAUGCGCAGCAUAGUGGACAAGCAGGCAC